AUGGGAAAACUUCACCCUCUCCACCGAAAGCCCAAAGAGGAGCAUUUGAAGGUCGACCCUGACAGUAAAAAUUUCAAGCGGGGCUUGCACGACCGAGAAGCCGUUGGAGGAACCAACUACAAGAUCGCCAAGAAUAACUUCAAGAAGAAGCAUGCUCAACACCAUCACCACAUUCCCCACCAUUUACACCAUCAUGUCAACACAACAGACCCUGCAGAGCUAGCCGAUACCCAGGAGACGCUAAUGUCUCUCAAGCAGGUAACCAACACCAAGGACAUUGACGCACUCGACUAUUUGAACAAUUUGGAGGUCAGUGUGGGCUCCUCGGGUUUCGCAACAUGGUAUAUGAUUUCAUCUUCUUUCCCUCUGAUCGCAGCAGCGAUUGGACCGCUGGCUAACAUGUGUGCCAUCGCAGCACUUACCGAGGCUUGGCUGGAGUACAGAGAUGGAAACAUUCCCGAAUCUGAUGGAGGUACCCUAUACAACACCAUCAAGGACCCUGCAUGGGUCACAGCUCUGAAUGCCGUCUCGCUUGCGAUCGGUGUGACUGCCAACAUGUCUAUGCUUCUCAACUUCGCUGGUCGAAUCAAUUAUACUGCUUCCCAGGUAAUCAGUAUAUGUGGUUUCGGUUCCGCUGCGAUUAUGCUAUUGGUUCUUACUAUGGUAACCAAGUUUGUGUUGCUGGAGGACGAUAUGCAGCUGAGUGCAUCGUACUGGCAUGGCAUCAUGACGUUUGCUUGUUACAUGGCGUGUUCGAUUCUGCUAUUUUUUAAUGAAUUUGGUCAUCUGCUAGGAUUCUAUGGUGCAACAUUCAACUUAAACCAGGCCCAGCGAGGUCUCAUGUUGCAGAAUAUAUCCUUAGCGGUAUGGACGGCGUCGGGAGCUGGUCUGUUUCAGUACCUCAUGGAUCUGUCGUACCCUGACGCGCUGUAUUUCUGCCAUGUGUCGAUCUUGACUAUCGGUUUGGGUGACAUUCACCCCCUCGGUAACCUCGAACGAGCCCUCAUCAUUCCAUACGCCCUCAUUGGUACCCUUAUGCUGGGUCUUAUUAUCUCUUCGAUUCGAUCCAUGAUUAUCGACUCGUCGUCGAAGACUCUGGCGUGGAACCACGCUGAGCGAAACAGAAAGAAGGAGUACCAUGAGUUACUGAAGCAGACUGUUGACCCAGAGAAGGAAAGGGAACUGUUUGAAAAGAUGCGAGAGUUCCACAAGCAAGCUGAGAAAUAUCGAACUUGGCUCAAUCUGACUGUGGCUAUUAUCACAUUUGGAGCCUUCCUUUGUCUCGGAGCCAUGUGCUUCAAGUUUGUGGAACACUGGAGUUACUGGACUGCUGUGUACUUCUGUCUUCUGUGUCUUACAACAAUUGGAUAUGGUGAUGUGUACCCUCAGUCAUCAGUUGGUAAGGCAUUUUUUAUCGUCUGGUCCAUGGCUGCUGUUCCCAUGAUGACUAUUCUGAUUUCGUCCAUGGGAGAUACUGUCAUCGCGAAGGUUGUGCAGUUCACAGAUGUCUUCGGUGACUGGGCUCUCGCGUUCCCCUCUCUGAACCCCUACAGCCACAACCCUCCUCCUACAGACCCUGAAAAGGGAGAGGAGACUGCUACGGACUCGGAGAAUGGUGCUAAGGAUCAGGCUAGCAAGGAGACAGAAAAGGACCCCGAGGUGAAGCGCAAGAUCUCUGAGCUGGAGAAUGAUAUCAAUACAAUCCGAGAUCUGGCCAAGGCGCUUAAUGAUGUCUUUUCUAAUGCCAUUGAGGACCCUCUUCGAAAGUACUCCUUUGAAGAAUGGCGUGAGAUGAUGCAUCUCGUUGGAAGAGUUCCCCAUCUUGUUGGAGCUGGUGAGAUCAACCGAUCUGAAGUUCCCCAAUACAAUCACGAGUUCUGGGCACAAACCAGAGGUCACUCGGAGGAGCCUGAAAUCCCAGCAGCACCCUCGGCCGCACCUGUCAAACUCCCGCCUCCGGCUAACGACUCUGUGGAAGAUGUGGAUGAGGAGAUCGGAGAGAUUGCUAGCAUGAUUGAACAGGAACGGGAAGAUGAGUUGAUGGAGAACGCCAAGCUUGAACAUAACCUCAAGAAAAGCGGUGUUUCUCCGGCUCAUUACAAUGACUUCUCCGAGCACGUGGACACGGCUAGUCUGGUUUUACCUGCCCGUGUUCGGUUUGAGGAAGGAGGAAACAACAAUCUUGCAUUUUUGGCGCCCAAGAAGAUUGACGGUCGGCCUCAGUUCUGGUUGUCAGACUCUUCUCCGUUGCGAUUCCCUGUUCGUGAGAACCGAGUGUUCCUCAAGAAGUACAUUAAUGCUCUGGACGAGACUGCUCGUACAAUGUUAGAGAAGCAUUGUCGUCAGGAACCUGAUCUCUCCAAGGGUAACACCGGGGUUAUUGAGAACUGCUCCUGUGAAUCUCUUAACGAACACAGUCGCUCAACCAAUGUUGGUGAUGAAGAUGUCAAAAACAACGCGGAGCCUACCCCCGAAGUGGGGGGUCAAACCUGA